AUGGACGGCAUCAGCGUUGCCGCCGUCAAGGCUGCCUGGGCGGCUCAUGCAGCUCGUAUCGCAGAAAUCGUGGAUUCGAAAGACUGGGACAACGAGGUGGAUGUAGACUGGGCCCAAACGCUCAAGCAACACUCGGCCACCAUCAUAGACACGCACAUUUUUGGCCCGAGGAAAUCGGAUACGGAGACGCUGGAUCCGGUUGUGACAGAGGGUCUAUAUGCAAUACUCAAGAAGAAUCCUCGAUCAUGGCGGAUGCUGGGACUAGACUACCGCCCAAGGGAAAUGUCGAGCACAGUCCUGGCGGCCAAGAUUGCCCCUGGGACAACCGUGACACGCAUGUUCUUGAUAGACCGGUACAACCUCGAGCGCCUGAAGAAUACGUGCUCAAUCUCCGACAGGGUUUCGACAACCGAAGCAGUCGCGGCUCUAUUAUGGCGAUGCGCCGUACGCGCACGAACAGGCUUGGACGAGCAGAAUCGAGACGAGCCCUCGACCUUGAUGAUGGCCAUGGAUGUCCGCAACGACGUCUCGCCGACCAUCACCGACGGGUUUCUCGGCAACGCAGUCCUGUACAGUCACACCUGCAGCACCACCAGGCAACUAUCAAAUAGGCAGACCUCGCUGGGUUCCAUCACCAACGAGCUUCGUACUAGCCUCCGCGAGCAUAGGCAGCCGCAAGUCAUUCUGGAAACGCUGCAGCUAGCAGCUUCCAUUCCGGAUGUUCAUAAUCUUGGUCUGCUUCACCCGACAUGGCUUGCGAAUGACGUCGUCUUCAGCUCGCUAUACAAGCUUCCAUUUUACGACAUCAGCUGGGGGAACACUUUCGGCGAGCAGGGAACGCCAGACUACUUUCGCUUCCCACAAGGCGUGUUCGACGGCGUCUGCUUCUUGAUGCCCCGUCGCAAGGAUGGAUCUGUGGAGCUUCAGAUAACGAUGACAGAGGCUCACAUGCAGAACCUGGUGCAGGACCUGGAAUUUCGCAACUACGCGGCACAGUGGGCACCUAGCUGUAAGCCAGCCAUGUAG